GAUGUUUAAAUAUUGUUUAACUAAAUAUUUAAUAAGUGAAUGUUAGACAUAGUACUUGUCUGUUACAUCUUUGAAUGAUGUAUUCUCGAUUAGUUGAUUAGUAUAGUCGAUUAGUGAAUGAUACAUGUGUAGGAGAAAUAAAUUAUCUUCGGAAUAUUUAUAUCGAUCGAUAAUAAAUUGUAAUUAAAUGAUUCGAUGUAAAAGGUAGAAUUAGUAGUAAAUAAUUAAAGGUUAUUAUCCGAUUAACCACGUGACUAUGUGAACGUGACCGCGCAAGCUCUGUUUCCUUCAAUGAAAUGUCGUGCUUGCAUAUGGAACCGCGAACAAAGAUACAACGAUAAAAACCUGUGGGUAAAACACCUACAGUUGUGAUGAUCAAAAUGUCAUUUAGUUUGACUAUUAGUGUAUGGCUAAUUAUUUUUGGUGCCCUAACAAAAUUCACCUAUGGAGAAUUUGAAUUUUAUCAGGAUGCAGUUCCCGAAGCGCCACAAGAUAUUACCGCUUUAAAACAGUUUGCUGAAUACAUUACAAAUCAAAAUCGUAAACAACACAUGCAUCAUUCAUAUUUACUACCACUUCUGACCUCACAGAUUCACAAGAAACAUCAUUUGGAUCUUACCGAUCAAGAAAAGCAUGAAAUUUUUAAGUCAUUAAAAGAAAAAUUUCAUUUCAAUGAUAGAUUGAGAGAAGAAAGAUUAACACCAUGGAAUUACAUUUCUCAGAUUCAACAUAGCGAUCUAAAACAGACAUUGCCUAAAAACGAUUAUAAUUUCUUAUAUUAUGAUACGAAUCCGAUGCUUAAGAACGUUAAAUAUUACUUUAAUCCUAAACUAUCUUAUUAUAAUAAGUUUAUAAAAGAAAAUCCAAAAUACAGGGAUAUAGAUAUUGCAUAUAUCCAAGACAAAAUGUUUCCAAGAGAAUCUCUGUAUAAUCCAGAAAUUGAUGAUAAUGUUAACAAACAAGUUAUAGUAAAGAAGUAUUUGAAUAAAAAUAAUCUCAUGUCUAGAAAUAGACAAACAAUAGAAGAAAAUAAAAGCUUUAUACGACAAGUUGAACAAAUACAACCUGUUGAACAGAUACAACCAGUUGAACAAUUACCUAAAUUCACAUAUUAUCUUGAUGAUCCCGAUAUAAAAGAUAAAAAUUCAUUUGCUAUUAAACCUAAUGAUCCUAGGUAUUAUAAAGAUACCAUUUUUAAUGUUGAUGUUAAAAGUAAUGAGGAAUAUCAAGAGGUGACGUUUGAUCCAAUAACCAGUACAGAAAAUUUAUUAGUCGAAUCAACUACGGUAAAACAAUUAACGGAUACAGAUAUCAAGAAGCACAAUGAAAUAAAAAAUAUUAGUGUAGAAACGUUAAUGAAAGCAGAACAAUCUGAAGAAAAUCGUCCUUUUGUUGUUACAAUUGCUCAAGAUUUAAAUAAUGAUAUAUAUUUUAUUGCUGUUAUUGCUGGUUGCAGUGCAGCGGCAAUGUUCAUUUGUGUAUUAAUUAGUUUAACGUGGUGCAGGUUGCAACGUGGAGUAAAAGCAGCUGCUGAUAUAGAAUAUCCAGCUUAUGGCGUAACAGGUCCAAAUAAGGACAUAUCACCUUCCGAAGACCAAAGACUUGCUCAAUCUGCACAAAUGUAUCAUUUCCAACAUCAGAAACAACAGAUUAUCGCUAUGGAAAAAGAUCCAGGGUCUGUAUCUGAGGCUGAAAGCGAUGAAGAAAAUGAAGAAGGUGACUACACUGUCUAUGAAUGUCCUGGCUUAGCUGCGACUAGUGAAAUGGAAGUAAAAAAUCCUUUAUUUAAUGAUGAGCCAACUCCAGCUACACCAGUGCAUACUAAUAAAGAAGAGGACCAUAUGUAGUUUCAGUAAAUUGCAGCCAAAUUUACUUUUAAAAUCUUCUGUGGUGCUUAGCUCAUUGUUAAUGUACCAUAUCAAAAAUAGCUAUCUGUAUUAAAGGUACAAAAUUUUAUUAUUA